AUGGCAGCAAUAACAAGAAUUGUUUUAAAAUUUACUACUGCAACUACUAUAGGUAUUAGUGCUUUUUAUCUGGGUAAAUACUCAGAACAGAAACACUUGAAUCUAGAAAAAAGAGAUAGUGGAGCAAGUGUUUUCUCGAAUGUAAACAUUAAAGAAAUGCCUGGUAUGCCUUUAUUUGGAACUGUUUCUGCAGCUACUGCAUAUGUUCCUGUGGAAAAUGAAACAGACAUGGGUUCAAAAUUGUCAUCAACAGCUACAAGAGUAUCUGAAAUUAUGAAAUUUGGUUUUCCUGGAUUAGAUCACGUUAGAUCAUAUGAGGAUUUUGUUCUUUCUUAUGAUAGAAGAAAUAGAGUAGCUCAUUGGGUUUUUGAACACUUAAAUAAAGAUAAAUUGCAACAUAAUAAGGAAAUAUCACGCAGUAAAUGUGAAUUUAAACCUGAUCCAAGUAUUCAUCCCUUUUUUAGAGCAGAUAACAGUGAUUAUAAAGGUAGUGGAUAUGAUCGUGGUCAUUUAGCAGCAGCUGGAAAUCAUAAGUGUUCUCAAAAUCAUAUACAGCAAACAUUCUUUUUAACAAAUAUGGCACCACAAGUAGGUAAAGGUUUCAAUAGAGAUUCUUGGAAUAGAUUAGAAAAAUAUAUUCGGCAGUUAACGAAAACUUAUAAGGAGGUGUAUGUUUGUACUGGUCCUUUAUAUUUGCCAAAAACAGAAGCUGAUGGAAAAAAAUAUGUUCGAUAUGAAGUUAUUGGUGCAAACCAUGUAGCAGUACCUACUCAUUUUUAUAAAAUAAUUGUUGGUGAAACACAGGACUCAAAAUUAGAAAUGGAAGCAUUUGUAAUGCCAAAUACUCCUAUAGAUGACAAUACACCUUUAACAAAUUUCCAGGUACCACCAGAGAGUAUAGAACGUGCUGCUGGACUUUUAUUUUUUGAUAAAAUUUCACGUGACAAAUUAAGUAAAAUAAAUGGAAAGAAAGUUCGAUGA